AGAGAGAGCUAGAGCACGAUAGAGAGAGAGUGAGGUACAGGCAGGAACAGUACAUGCGCGCGAGAGAGAGAGACACAGAGAGAGAGACAGGGAGAGAGAGGGAGGGAGUAGUGGAGCUGCACGCUGAACGAGACAGAUCAGAAGCACAGGGAGGGACUUUUCCUGAACAAGAGGGAGGACUGAGUGAGCUGUCUGGGAGUUGGGAAAGCGACAGAAGCAGCAGUAAAGACAGGAGAGUGACACCUCCUAUUCCCCCCACCCGCCCUCCUCUUCCCAGCCGAUACGUCUAGGAUACGAGAGGGAUUCCUGCCAGUCGGACCAGGACGAGCUGAAGGAAGGAUUAAGUUUGGGACUUUGCCUGGAGUCGGAGGGGCCAACACGCUGAGAUCAUCCUGAGACGAGGGGACAGGGUGCCACCGGUGGAGAGGCAUUGAUAUAACAAACAAAAACAACACGCGCGCACACACACACCCACAUACGCACACGCUCACCACCGAGGCUGAGUCCUGCAUGUUCGCUCAGCAAGGACUCCCGCUGCCAAAACUCCCCCCUCCAGCGAUCCUGACUAUCGAUCCGCCCAGCUCCGGACUGCCUGCCUGCCUGCCUGCGCGGACGCUGCUCCUGUCGGUCGCCCCCGACAACCGCGCGACCGACAAGCCAAGCACAUGACUGCGCUAACCCGAGCGGACAGAAUGCUGACUUCUCUCAAUCCGCCCCACACUCGCGCUCAAAGCAGGGUCUGCGGAAGCUAGUGCAGAGCUGAAUUUGGGAAAAAAACUUGCCAGGACCUCCUGCCCCCACCCCAAACGAGGACGUCACGACCGGCACGCCGCCGCAGGCGAUCUCACACGUGCAGAGGUGUCCCCGUUCCCUCCCCAGAGGAUGGGGCGAAAGCAGCGCCCACACCAGGGGUGACCGCUCCCGAGAGCCCCGAGCCCCAUCUCGCUCGCUCAGACGCCUCCCUCCUGGCUCCAGACCGCUGCCAGAGUGCUCCGCGAGACCGGCCAAACUCCAGCCGACCGGGGCGGCGGCCUGAGGAGCGCUCCAGAGUUUCAGCGCGUGCCGCGUGAGGACGCGCCGGGAACACCCAGCAUGCCGGACGUGGAUUCUUCUGGAGGUGCGUACGCCUCGUCGCACUUUGAGUAAUUAAGAGCUGUGAUGUGGAGAGCACGCUCUCCUUUUCUGUGGAAUUACCCAUCCCAUUUUUAGCGUCACACACAUUAACUGCUGGGACCCUGGCCGAUUUGAAAUCACUCUACCGGGAAACUACGUAGUGAUCAUUUUUUUCUCUCAAAAACCUGAAGGGGUGCUUUGCCAGUUGCUGAAUUUGAGACUUCAAUUCUUUUUAUAUCCCCAUUUUCUUUUUGCUCUUUAUUGCAUUUUUUUGCACAAUUUCUUGUGGACUACAAAACCUUUCAGCUUUCAUGUUCUCCCCCCAUAUGUACUUCCCCCAUAUGUACUCCCAUCUGGAAACUUUUUUCUGAUUUGCUGGACAUCCAGCCCUCUGCUCUGAAUUUAAGACCCUGAGUUAGGGAGAGCCCGGCAGCUCCGUCCAUGCCCGGUAGCGCCGUGGUGCCGGAACGAUGAACGUUGCUCAGGGCGUGGCUGGCCCCCUGAUGGUCAGCUCGAUCCUGCUGCAGCUGGCCGGGGUCAGCGGCUGUCCGUCGAGCUGCCUGUGCACCGCCGACAUCCUGAGCUGCGGGGCCCAGGGCCUGGAGCAGCUGCCCGCCCAGAUUCCCACGUACAUCGCCACGCUGGACUUCAGCCACAACCGGCUGGCGCGGCUGGAGGAGGGCGAGUUCGCCGGGCUGCCCCGCCUCGACGCCCUGCGCAUCGCCCACAACCGGCUCACCCGCAUCUCCCCCGGGGCCUUCCGGAACAGCAGCGGCCUCCGCCACCUGGACCUCUCCUCCAACGAGCUCCACGUGGUGGAGCAGCACUACUUCCUGGAGCUGGUGGGGCUGGAGGAGCUGUUGCUCUUCAACAACCGCAUCACCCGGGUGGAGAGCAAGGCGCUGACGGGCCUCAGCAGCCUGCGCAAAGCCUACUUCAGCCACAACCGCCUCACCGACUUCCCCUUCUUCUCCAUCCAGGAGCACAGCCACCCCUCGCUCCACACGCUGGACCUCUCCUCCAACCGCAUGCCCAAGCUGCCGCUGGAGGACAUCGCGGCGCUGCCCGCCGCCGUGCAGAGCGGGCUGUUCCUCCACAACAACACGCUGAUCUGCGAGUGCGCCAUGUACGCCAUGUUCCGGCGCUGGGAGCAGAGGGGCUACGGCUCGGUGCGGGACUACCGGGAGGAGCACACCUGCCUGGUGUACGGGGAGCGCCGCGCCUCUGUGCGCUUCUUCCAGCACUCCCGCUUCUUCCAGAACUGCUCGGCCAAAGCGCAGAGCCUGCCGGGCGAGCCGGCGCUCAGCCUGCUGGCCUACGAGGGCGACUCGGUGCUGCUGGACUGCCGUACGUCCUUCGGGAGAGGGCGGGGCAGGCGCCAGCAGCUGUCCUACCUGUGGGUGUCGCCGGACCAGGAGUACGUGGUGCCGCCCGGUAACAACGGCUCGCUGCGCAUGUUCGCCAACGGCAGCCUGGAGAUCGUGGCGGCCCGGCGGCAGGACUCGGGCGUGUACCUGUGCAUGGCGCUGGACCGCCGGCAGCCGCCCGCCAACGAGUCGCGGGAGGUGAACGUGACGGUGGUGGCGCGGCACGGCGAGGACGAGUCCUUCAACACGGGCUUCACCACGCUGCUGGGCUGCGUGGUCAGCCUGGUGCUGGUGCUCAUGUACCUGUACCUGACGCCCUGCCAGUGCUGGUGCCGCCGGCGCCCGCCGGCCCCGCCGCCGCCCGCCACCGCGCACAGCCCCGGCAACGAGUGCAGCGCCCAGUCGUCCAUCCUGACCCCGACCCCGCCCGCCACCACCGAGGGCCCGGGCCGCAAGGCCAGCGGCAACAGCAAGCACGUGGUCUUCCUGGAGCCCAUCAAGGAGGUGCAGAACGGGCGGCUGAGGGCCACGCUGGCCAUCCCCCCGGACCACCCCAAACUCCAGCAUCCGCGGGGGGACACGGACUCCAUCACCUCCGUCUUCUCGGACACGCCCAUCGUGCCGUAGCUGCGCCGCCCCAGCCUCACCCCCCUCGCCCCUCACGUCUGGAAACGCUGGCCGUGGGGCAUCCGCGCCCCCACACAGCCUCUCGGAGCAGGACAGAGGGAGGGGGGGGGUCCGCAGACAGACGGACGGACAGAAAGACAGACGCACAGCGCGGCCCAGUGCAAACCUGGCUGCCAAUCCCCCGGCAACAAGGCCAGCUGGACUCCAGGGACGAAGGAGACCAGGGUACAGAACCAUUUCAGAGAGAACAGACACUGCUUUUGAUGAGCAUCUAAAAUAAUAAUAAUAAUAAUAAUGAUAAUAAUAAACAGGGUAGAGCUGUCCCUUUAGUACUUCUUCAGCCUUUAGUAAUGUUAGUAACUUUAGCGACCCAUGCUAACUGUCUGACACACAGACAAAAACAAACAGCACCUCCAGUACGGCGCACUUAGCAACUGACUGCUCCUCCCAGUCAGGCUGUUAAAUAGGCCACAGCAGAUUUACAAAUCUCCAGUGGAACCUUAGCAUAGACCAGUACUGUCUAAAACGGAUAUGCCUAUGUAUAAAGUUAUGAAAGAAAAAAAAAAACGCUUUUCUCUAAAGUCUUAUUUGAAGCUCCACUUUUUUAACCCCAGCGUGCUUUCUGCGGCUAACACACUGUUUGCAGGGCAGUGCAGAUUUAAAAACGUACCUGGAAAUGUUAAAAAGAAGAGUAGCUUAAUCAGUGCGAAUGUGAGCAUUAUUUCAUUCCUUUUUAAAUUUCUUUUGGGAAGGGAAGGUAAUUGCAAAACACUGAUCCUUCAAACGGGAGGGAACUGUGCUAUGGCGGCAGUUCUGAUGGAGGAGGGGGAUGACUAGCUCUGGCCUAUGACGGGCAUGGAUGUGGAAAUACUGAGCAGAAAAAAGCUGGACAGUCUUGACAAGUCUGACACUGGAUCUACAGGACAAAGAAAAAGGACGGCUUCUUUCCAUAUGGAAUGUUAUCUCCCUUUUCCCCUCUCACCUUCUACUUCUCUCAUUCCCACCCUUUUCUUAACCUCUUAAUAAAUUUUGCUGCUUUGACCCCAGA